AUGCGCGCGCAUCAGGGGCCGGCAGCCAUCCUGAUCGGGCCGGAGGGCGGUUUCGAUAGCGAGGGAGCGCGAGGCGAUCCGCGCGCUCCGUCCGCCAUUGGCAUCGGUCUGGGACCCCGCAUCCUGCGCGCCGAUACGGCGGCGGCGGCGGCCAUGUAUCGCUCUGGAUGGCGGCGGCGGGCGACUGGGGUUGAUUCAGCCUGUGGCAUCCUCGCGCCCGCCCGCGUAAAGGCGCGGUUCAUGAGCACCAAGACCGCGAGCACCGCCAAGGGCGCCAUCAUCGAAGCACCGAGCAUGAGAAGUUCGUCUAUGCGCUGGGCGAUCAUCACGCCCCUCUUACGACGAAGCGGCGGGUAUCCGCGCACUCUUGGGCGAGCUGGAGCAAUAUGGCUGGGCGCCGGUGUUGGAGGGCGGCAACGUGAUCGCGCUGACCGGUGCGGACGGCUCGAUCAGCCACGGAGCCCGCCGGCCAGUUCGAGCUGUCAGGCGCGCCGCUCGACAAUCUGCACGAGACCUGUGCGAGACCGGCCGUCACCUGACGCAGGUGAAGGCCGCGGGCGACAAGCUGGGCUGGGCUUUCUGGGGCUGGGCAUGUGGCCGGACAAGACUCGCGCCGAGCUGCCGAUCAUGCCCAAAGGGCGCUAUGCGAUCAUGCUGCGGCACAUGCCGCGCGUCAGCUCGCUCGGCCUCGACAUGAUGCUGCGCACCUGCACGAUCCAGUUCCGCGUCGGCGCUGGCGCUGCAACCACUGGCCACCGCGCUGUUCGCCAAUUCGCCUUUUACCGAGGCAAGCCUAACGGCAAGCUGUCCUUCCGCAGCCAUAUCUGGUCGGACACCGACCCCACGCACCGGCAUGCUGCCCUUCGUGUUCGAGGAUGGUUUCGGCUAUGGGCGCUAUGCCGACUAUGCGCUCGAUGUGCCGAUGUACUUAAAUCUACCGCGAUGGCAAAUAUAUCGACGCGGCAGGGGCUGUCGUUCCCGCGACUUCCUGAAGGGCGAGCUUUCGGUCCUGCCGGGUGA